AUGCACACAAUUCCGGUGGUGGAGCGGCGGUCAGGCUUGGACGCCCAGCUGGCGUCACUGUACCCGGAGAUCCUGACGUCGGACCCAGUGAAGGUCAUGCCGGUGUUUAUGGCGCUUGGCACCAAGCAGGUAUGGCACUCGGGGAUCGUGGAGAUGCCGAGACAGGCGUUACCGGUAUACCUCCUGGUGUACCUUGGCUUGGUUCUCAUCGUGCCAUAG